AUGACAAUUUAUGCAAUCGACAUAAACAAUCACAAAAUUUCCGCAGCAAUGAAAAUCCUUGGGAUUGACCCUUCAGAGCUAAUCCAGCUUUCCUAUGACGAUUUUUACGAAAGAAACGCAGAUGAAGACAUCCAAAAACUCAGAUACGAUCAUUACAUUAAAAAAUUAAACGACACUGUAAAACUUAUCAAAAACAAAAUUAAAGAAAGCCGCGGAUGAAGCUUAGAUAAAGUCUCAAAAGAAACAAAAUUUCACAUAUUCUCCCCUGAGCCUUUAAAUAAAUCUUUUAAUUUCGAAAAAUUAAAAGAAAAGCAUAAAGAAAUUAUUUGCAAUGCUCUAAAUGACUAUGAAAGAGAAAUUCAAGCAAGAGAAAACAAAGAAAAAAAAUUAAAAAAAGCUUGAAAUAUUAAAGAAAAACUGCAAGAAAAAGAAAUCAAGCUGAGAAAAUCAAAAUUAAAUAAGUUUGUAGAUGUGCAAAAAAGGAAUAUUGAAGAUAUCAAAAGAAAAGAACAAAACAGCCUUCUAGAAGCUUUAAAAAGUGAAUCGUCGUCUCCAGUUAUCAGGAAGUCUCCUGACUCUUUGCUUGGUAGUAGAAAAAUUAAUUCAGUUAAUGGCAGACGCUCUGAUACAAAACUGUUAAAAACUAAGUCAGGAGAUAUUUCAGAAGAAGAAAUUGAAGAACAACUGACAUCAAUUUAUAAAAAAAUAGAAAAAUCUAAAGGAAUGCACGAUGAGCUAAUAAAUAGAAAAAAAAGCCAAAUUUCAAGAAAACAUUCAGAAAUCAAUGUAAAAAAGUUUGAAAAUAGUGAUUUAGAGGCUAUAGAAACUGCUAUAAAGCUAAUAAGCAGACACAAAAAGGCUACCGAAAGAAGAGCACAAAGUGCUAUGAAACAGCAAGAAGCUAGAAAUUUAUCGAAACGUAAAUAUUUUGAAAGGUUCACACUUGCACAAGAAAAAUUAAAAGAAAAAGAUGACGAAAUUAUGAAAAAUCUAGAAAAUUUUGAAAAAAAAGCACAAUCAUUGCAAAAGCUUUUAGAAACUAAAAAAGCAGCAAAACAUAAAAAUUUAGAACUAAAAGUAGAACUGCAUAGAUUAAAAACAAGAGACACUCAAACAAAUCGAGAACGGCACAAGCGCAUAAUGGUAACUCACAAUUAGGCUUGCCAAACGAGACCAUAUUCUUGGUAAACAGCAUGAAUCCAGAAAACGCAUAAAAGCAAUGAGGAGUGAGCUUGAAAGCAGCAUCACCACAAAGCGGGCAAAUGCUCGCAAAGUAAUGAUAGAAAAAGAAAAAAUGCAUGAAAUUUUAGCUAUAGUCUCCAACCACCCCGAGUCAAGACUUGCUAAACAAAGAAUAAAAGAAAUGAGCAUCCAGCUAGCUAGGCCUACAAGUGACUUAGAAUUAACUAAUUCUGAUAACCCCCUCGAUAUAACUGAAGACCAAGCUUAUCAAAAAAACGUUUCUUACACUAUCCUAUUAAAUUUCUAUAAAAAAUCUUAAAUUUCUGGUAUUUUUUUGGAAUAUUUAUAAUAAUCCACAAUAAAUCUUUUUAA